AUGGACGACCACGUGUCGGACGACCUGCUUUGGUCUCUAGACCAUCUGAUCAAGCAGGAUACAAGCGCUGAUGUCGAGAACGAUACUGAACUUGUACGCGCAAGCUUUUACACGCAAGACAAUAUGCUGGGAUGCUCACGAAUCGGCAGUGAUUUGGUCUUCGGCCGUCGCAACACAGUCCGAUUGUCUCGGGACAAUGACGACACUUUGGUAGGCUAUGGCCGACUCACGGGCUUAAUGGGCUAUGGCAUUGAAGAAGACGAACUGGACGAUGCAAUUGACUGCAUUGAAGAACGCAUUCCUGCGACUUUAAGCAGUGUGCACCCUAGUAGCAGCAGACAUUCGAUAAGUCAACACAGUAUUAGCGAGGAAACAGACAGAUCCCUCUCGUUUGCAUCCGACGGGGGAUUAAGCGUGGGCGACAUCUCAGCAUCCUCACCUGCCCGAACCCGUUCGACUAGACGACUGAGUGACGGAGAUCAAAGUACUUACGAGCAACGCAUUGAAGCGUCUUUGGCUGGAUAUAUCACCAAGUCACUGAACGUCGAGUCACGAUAUAUGGCCGAAUCGCAACCAGAUCGAACCUUCACGAUGGACGACCUUGCACUAUUUGAUUCACAAUUUGGACGCGAGAUUUAUCUUGAGAGACUAGCACAGAGUUUACAGGAACAGGAGGGUGAAAAGAAAUCUUUGGCCUCGUAUCGAAAAUCAACUAUGCAGCGAAUAUCCACGCCCGUAGAUAUCACUCGACAAGGAUGGAUCAUGAAGCGCGGUGACUUGGUUCCGAGCUAUCGAAAACGGUGGUUUGUGCUGCGUCAAAUGCCCCAGGGUCCGAUGUUAACGUAUGCAAAAGACGAUCACGAGGGAUCUCCAACGAAAGUGAUUGAUCUCAGUUCAACAUCGCGGUGUAUCGUUGCAACUGGGAAAAAUGCGAAAGAGCAUGAAUUCAAGGUCAUUACGUCGGCUGAUUCAUCGCGUCGUGAAUUCUAUAUGGUAGCGGCCUCAAGUUAUGAUAUGACGCAGUGGGUUUGUGCGAUUCAAAAUGCUAUAAACUCAGGAAAUCGCUCGACUUUUGAUGGUGCCUCUGACUUUCAGCAGCUGUGGCACGAUGCUGGCAUCCAGGGGUUUCUGGUUCGGUACGGUGUGCGCAAGUGCAGCUCUCGAAAUCGACUUCAGACUCGAGUUUUGGAGCUAAACUUUGCUGAGCAAACUCUUACGAACUCGCGACGAGGCGAAACCUUAAAAACUUUUCAUUUCACUGACAUUCGAAGCGUAUCAGUGAGCAACGUACUCUCCAGGGGUGAAGAACAUGGUAUAAUUAUUGAAUAUCGUGGACGGCAUCGAUCGUGGCCGAUUUUUUUGGAUACAGUGGAAGCAAGAGAUGAUUUAUAUACGAUCUUGCAGCGAAUCGUUGACAAUGUGGUAUCUGGAGAUGAUCUUGAAAAGCGUUCAUCGCGCUUGACACUGAAAACUGGUCAUCUGGAAACAAAGAAUGCAGGGCCUCAUGCGACUUUAAGAGGCCGAAUGCUGGUAUGUCUUCACGAAAACUGUAUCAUGUUCUAUCCGGCAGAUGGAGAUACCACAACCACGCGACCGUGGUACGUCACCACUCUUAAGGGUCUUCGUUUAGCGGUUCGAGAAGAAAAACGUCUACUUUAUAUUGGACGUAUGGCUCUUGCAUGCUCAUCCGCUGCCGAGAGCCGUGACUGGUACAAAGCAAUCUCGGCUGCCAUGUGUCUGCCUUUGGAAAUUAUCGAAAUUGAGCUGAAAGAGCGAGCAAAAAUUCGCGCAGCUUUUCAGUCGUGCGUUUGUCGACUGCGGAAAUUGCUGAAGGCUAAGGUUACCCCAGAGCCAAGCGGACCACCAAGAGAUCAAAAGACUGUGGACCUGAUGAUUUCCAAACUAUGGGAACUUGUAUUUCCGGAAGAACCGUUCAAGUCGAAUAAUGAUCCAAGGUGGCUGGAAAUUGGAUUCCAAAGAGGAGGCCCGGCGUCUGAUCUUCGUUCAAGUGGUCUGCUUGGUCUAUACUGUCUAAUUUUUUUUGCUAGCUAUCCAUCAAGCGAGUUUCAGCGCAUUUUAAUGCGAACACGGCAUGGUGUGAGUGAAGGCAACAUGAAAAAUUAUCCGCUCGCGAUCGCUUGUAUCAAUGUGGCUUCACUAUUGACCGAAACGCUUGGCAUAGGUGACGCAGGUACACACUCAAAAGGCUGCUCGCCGAGCGCAAUGAAGACUUACAGUCUUUUUAUAGCUCAGUGUGUUUCGACAACACGGUGUCCUGAUUCAGUCAAGGCUUUCUCGUCAUCCUGGUCUCUUAGUCAUUACGAAUGCUGGGACGAUAUCAUGAGCGAGCCAGUAAAUCACGUAUUUGAAACAAUUUUCUGUUUACUUUUUCCCGUGUUGGACUCGCUAUUUGUCGAAAUGGGAGCGGGUUACAUGGAAUUUGGACAAGUUAUGAUAGCAUUUCGGCAGCGCAUAAUUGAGAUUUUUAAUAUGCAGCCUAAAUCUUUGAAAGAGCUUCAGACGUUGGCGAACGAGCCGUGCACAGGCACGCUUAUAGUGCCGACGGUAUUGACUAAACAACACAAGAUAGGUAAGAUUAGCAUGGGCAAGAAAAUAGUCAAGGCGGGUGGGAUGUAG